AUGGCAAGAGUCACUAGAAUGAGCGACAAAGUGGCAGUCGACGCUUUGCGGAAAACUCUCUGGUACAGGUCGAAACUCCGGCAAUGGAUAUCCCUUGAAAAAUCGAGAACAAUCCAUGACGCUAUUCACAAGGGAACGAACUUCAUCAUGAUGGAAGAAGAGAUGAAAGUCCUCUCCCAGAAGUACAACCCGCAGGAGACGUCCGCGAGAAGGAAAAACCCUCGUAAUGACAGGUAUGUCCACCACGAGGGGGAAGAUCUCCAGGGCGAGCAUCAUUACGCUAUCAACUCCGAACAGGGAAAUACUUCCGGAAAUACCUGGACCAGGAACCAGUUCAAGGAUAAUUCCUACCGCGAGUUCCACCAGACCAGAGGUCAGUCCAUUAUGAACUGCAAGGUUCUCGGCGCAAGGCUUGCUGCGAAGCUUUCGAAGGUCACAGGCACAAAAGACCUCCUCCUGGAUUCCGAUCGCCCUCCCAAAAUUGAUAAAGAAUCCCCCGAAAACGACACCCGCGAAAAUCAGUCGGGCGAGAAACGCGGAAGGAGGCAGGAUGACCGAGGAAACGAUAGCAACUGUCGAAGGAUGAGCAUGAUCAUCGGGGGAUCGCAAUUAUAUCGUGAUCCGAUCUCAUGGAUCAAAGCUUAUGGACGGAAGGCUGAGACGAGUUCAAGCUGGAUGGCUCGGUCCCCAACUGACGACACCUCUAACGAUACGAUUGUCUUUGAAGAGCGGGAAACCAUCGGAAUCGACAAACCUCACUGCGACCCAUUGGUUAUCGAUCUGGUAAUCCGAGACCUGGAAGUAGGAAGGAUCCUUAUCGACACGGGAAGCAUAGUCAACGUCAUCUUCCGCGAUACCCUCUGGAGGAUGAAAAUUGAACUCAGAGAAGUGGUCCCGGAACCAAAACCUCUCACCUUUUUCUCAGGUGCAAUGUCAAUGACCCUCGGAUCAUUCAAACUCCUAGUGAUGGCUAAAGAGGUGACGGAAAUCAUUGACUUAGCGGUAGUCGAUAACCCGGCCAUCUACAAUGUCAUCAUGGGAACUCCUUGGAUCAAGCCCAUGAAAGCGGUACCGUCGACUUACCACUUUGGCAUCAAGUUCCCAACUCCAAACGGAAUAGCGCGGGCUAAGAAAGUUCAAAACGCUCCCGAGAGCUCCAUAAAAAGUGAUCCAGAAUCACCCGACCAGGCAAAGACUCUGGACAGCGACAUAGUCCCCGAGUCCAUCGCCUUGCCAGCAGAUAUUCUGACCCCUGAAACGGUCGUCGAUCCAACUGAAGCCUCAACGGCUGAAGUAACCGGAACGAUCCCAUCCAGCGAGUAG